CAUUGACAACAUUAACGACAACGACAUCUACAGCAUCAACGUCAACGUCAGUGACAACAUCGACGUCAGUUACAACUUCAACUACUGCUACGACGACGCUCAUGCCUGGAUCAAUUGCCUUCUGGUCUCUUGAUAACAAUGGUCUUGAUCUCUACAAUAAUUAUAAUGGUAAUCCCGUGGGAAGUCCAACAUAUACGACUAGUUUUCUUGGAUAUGGUGCUGCUAUUAAUCUCGUUCGAUCAUCUUCUCAAUAUUUAAGUAUCACAUCGAGGCAACUCCUUAUGAAUUCAUCGAGUUUUACAAUCGAAGCAUGGAUUUAUCCAAUCAGUUUCACAGGUAUUGACUAUGGCAUAUUUGGUCAAUGUCAAGCAACAACUACGAAUCUUUGCUUGCAUUUCAUGGCUCGAAUAAUGUCAUCAACUGGUAAUAUUAAUGCGCGACUAUGGAAUAGUGGAGCUCUUGGUGUUAGUGGUCCUGUUCUAGCAUUAAAUAGUUGGACACAUAUCGGAUAUAUAUAUAGUUCAACUAAUGGUAUUCGAUUGUAUAUUAAUGGUGCUCAAUUUGUGACGACAGGUGCUUCUUCUUUUACGGCUUCUGGUUCUCCCAUGUACAUCGUACUUGGCAAUGAUGAUGGGCGAACAAGUCUCUGCUCGCCGGGUUUUGGUGGUUCAUUCAACGGUGCUAUGGAUGAAUUUUAUCUAUACAGACGUGAAUUGACCGCUUCACAAGUUUUAGCUUUGGCAAAUCCUUGA